AUGUCUUCCCAGGCUCCCCACCCUACGCUCCUCAUCCCGGGGCCCAUCGAGUUUGACGAUGCGGUUCUCCAGUCCAUGAGCCACUACAGUGAGAGCCACGUCGGCGCUGGCUUCGUCAAGAUUUUUGGCGAGACCCUCUCGCUCCUCCGCCAAGUCGUCCGUUCGACCGACCCCAACGCCCAACCGUUCAUCAUCAACGGCUCUGGUACCCUCGGCUGGGACCUCGUCGCCGCCAACCUCGUCGAGGCCGGCGAGGAUGUUCUCGUUCUCAGCUCAGGCUACUUUGGCGACCGCUUCGCCGACUGCCUCACCCAGUAUGGCGCCAAGGUGACCAAGCUCGACGGUCCUGUCGGCGGCGUCCCCUCGACCGCCGAGAUUGAAAAGGCCCUCUCCGAGAAGAAGUUCAAGCUCGUCACUGCUACCCAUGUCGACACCUCGACCGGCGUCCUGUUCAACCUCAAGACCCUUACCCAGUCCGUCAAGAAGGUCUCCCCCGACACCCUCGUCAUUGCCGACGGCGUCUGCAGCGUCGCCUGCGAGGAGCUCGCCUUUGAUGACUGGGGCCUGGACGGCGUCAUCACGGCCGGUCAAAAGGCCAUCGGCGCUCCCGCCGGUCUGUCCAUUUCCUUCUUCAGCGGCCGUGCCGUCGAGGUCGCCCAUAACCGCAAGAUCCCCGCCGCCGCCUACUUUGCCAACAUCAAGAACUGGACUCCUAUCAUGAAGAACUACGAGGCCGGCAAGCCGUCUUACUUUUCGACACCCUCUCCUCAGCUCAUCCACGCCCUCAACACUGCUUUCAAGCAGCUCCUGACCAACGGUAUCGACCAUCGCAUCGCCAAGCACGUCGAGGUGUCCAACUACGUCAAGAAGUCGAUUGCCGAUCUUGGCCUCAAGCCUGUUGCCAGCAAGAAGGAGGACCAGUCCCACGCCAUGACUGCUAUUUACCUACCGGAGGGCGUUGGUGCUACCGAUGUUCUACCCAAGCUGCUGAGCAAGGGUGUCAUCUUUGCCGCCGGCCUACACGCCACCAUUGGCGCCAAGUAUAUCCGCUUCGGCCACAUGGGUAUCUCUGCUGUCAACUCGAACCGCGGCGAUAUUGACAAGGCUCUCAACGCCCUCAAGGAAUCGCUUAACGAGUGCGGCUACAAGGCUUAG